AUCGACCGUUGCGACAUUCAAGGAGGGUUGACGUCAGUAAUAAUAAAACCGUUCUCCGUUUGUAGGAAUCGCCGCCAUCUUGUUUUCCUUUAGUAACUUACGCUAUAAUACACCUUAAAAUACACGUAGUCUAAACUAAGCUAAAAUAAUCGCUUGGCAACCAUUGUGACUCAUCAACUAUGUGAUAAACAUCUGUGUCAGUAUUAUUUGUUAGUCAUUUCAUUUAUUAAUACGUCUUAAGGCGCAUUUUCAUUGGUCGAUCAGUCGGUAGUUAGCCCGCAUGCGAGCUAACAACCAAUGAAAUCCACUGGUCGAUAACUCGGUCGAUUAAACGUGUGCGGGUGAUAUCCGCAUUCGGGAUAACGACCAAUGAAACUAGUCAGUCGAUAACUCGGUCGAUACAAAGCAUGCGGUGACUCGCCUCCGUUCAGUCAUUUAUUAGACGUCAUCAAUACUACGCGCAUUAUUUAUAUUAUUAACGCUGUUUAUUUACGCAGCGUGGGAGCAAAAUGGCUGAACGGUUUUCGGAUUCACAAAUGCUAAAACUCGUAAAGAUCUAUCGAGACUACGAUUGUUUGUGGAACGUAACGAGUGCUUUGUAUAAAAAUCAUGACGCAAGACAAAGUGCGUACAAACAAAUUGCGGAAAAGUUAAACAUUAGUGGCAUCUCAGACAAAGAUAUACCAAAAAAAAUUAAAAAUUUAAGGUCAUCGUACUAUCAAGAAUUAAAAAGAAUUGAAAAGAGCACUCGAUCCGGAAGCGACCGAGAUUCUGUUUAUAAACCGAAGGUGUCAUGGUUUUCAAUUGCCGAUGGAUUUUUAAGAGCAUUUAAAAAUAAAGAGAAGACAUUUUCAAAUAUCGAUGAAAAUUCGGAAAUAGCUACUGAUACUGUUGACUUCGAAAAUAAUAAUACGGUAUUAGAAGAGAAUGAUAGAGAAGAAAACUCAAAUGCUGCGGAUGAAAUUAUUGAAAAUCGAGUUCAAGAACUAACCGAAACGUCUUCAUCUACAUUCACUGUGAAAUCAAAACUAGCAACGAAGAAAAGGGGCAAAUCAAAUAAAAGACAGGACGAGGUACAUGAAGCCAUUGACAAAAUAAAUAAAAUUGCCGAGAAUGUUACUAAAAAUACAACAUCGUUACUACAAAAUAAAGAAGAUGAAUUCGACAUUUUUGGGAGAUAUAUAGCCUCGACUUUACGUACAUUGCCACGCGAGUUUUCAAUUAUUGCAAAAACAGAUAUUCAAAAGGCUUUAUCGGAAAUUCAAUUAAAAGCAUUGAGACAGCAAACCAAAUCUUCGUUUUUGUCCUAUGGUACCUCGACGUCUAAUAUCUAUGAUCCAGAAAAUCAAGGAUAUUUAAGUUCCUCAUCUGUGUCUAAUUUAUCUAACUAUGAAGACGAUGUCAACAACAUCAGUUUCACAAACAUAUGAAGCAAUUUUAUAUAUUAUUUAUAAAUAUGCAACAUCUAUUUGCCUGGUAAGGCAUUUUUAGUUCAUUUAAUUAUUUGAUAUUGAUUAAAUGAUUACAACACUCGCGGACACCAAAACCGAACCACUUUGUAAUCCACCAGACAUUGAAAUUUGAAACUAAUAACAAUAAAGAAAUAUUUUGUUAGUCAAUAUUUAGAGAUGGUUGUACACAAUAUCCGUACAUCGGAGAAAAACGAUACAUUUUUGGUUAUCAAAUGAAAAAAUGAAAAAAAUUUAAAUAAAACUAUUUGAAAGAAAGAAAGAAAGAAAGAUUUUUCGAAAGAAGAGAAGAAAAUUUCUUUCUUUCUUUCUUUCAAAUAAAACUAUUUCUAAGAACGUACAUUUGAAAACAAUAUUUUGUAACCUAAUUUGUUGUUUCUGCCCAUAACACUCCGAAAACGGCAUUUCAAUAUAGUUCAAUAAAUUGGUGUCCAUAAAAAAGGGUGGUACGCUUUAGGUGACCGGAAAUGUAUUCUGCUCAAUUAAAACUUCUUAACGUACGUACGUACGUAACGUAAUUAAAACUUCGAAACGUACAAAUUUGUAAGAAUAUUGCAAAAUUUAAAUAAACAUUUACUUUAUAAUCUUAA